ACUUCAUUCUCCUUCACUUCUCUCUACUCCUCUCCACAACACAAACAACUCCGCAGCACUCCCUCGAUCUCAUCCACAGCUUCUUCAGCAAAGAGUUUCAGACAGCUGACCGUGCUUGUGCACCACCAUGUCGGCUCUCACCACGUCCCAGCUCGCCACCUCGUCCGCCGGCUUCGGCAUCGCCGACAGGUCGGCGCCGUCGUCGAUGCUCCGCCAUGGGUUCCAGGGCCUCAAGCCCCGGAGCCCCGCCGGCGCGGACGGAUCCCUCAGCGUGACGACCAGCGCGCGCGCAACUCCCAAGCAGCAGCGGUCGGUGCAGCGCGGCAGCCGGAGGUUCCCCUCCGUCGUCGUCUACGCCACCGGCGCCGGCAUGAACGUCGUCUUCGUCGGCGCCGAGAUGGCGCCAUGGAGCAAGACCGGCGGCCUCGGCGACGUCCUCGGUGGCCUGCCCCCUGCCAUGGCUGCAAAUGGCCACAGGGUCAUGGUGAUCUCUCCUCGCUACGACCAAUACAAGGACGCCUGGGACACCAGCGUUGUGGCUGAGAUCAAGGUUGCAGACAGGUACGAGAGGGUGAGGUUUUUCCACUGCUACAAGCGUGGAGUUGACCGUGUGUUCAUUGACCAUCCGUCGUUCCUCGAGAAGGUUUGGGGAAAGACCGGUGAGAAGAUCUACGGACCUGACACUGGAAUUGAUUACAAGGACAAUCAGCUGCGUUUCAGCCUUCUUUGCCAGGCAGCACUCGAGGCUCCUAGGAUCCUAAACCUCAACAACAACCCAUACUUCUCCGGGACUUAUGGUGAGGAUGUUGUGUUCGUCUGCAACGACUGGCACACUGGCCCCCUGCCGAGCUACCUGAAGAACAACUACCAGCCCAAUGGCAUCUACAGGAAUGCAAAGGUUGCUUUCUGCAUCCACAACAUCUCCUACCAGGGCCGUUUCGCUUUCGAGGACUUCCCUGAGCUGAACCUCUCCGAGAGGUUCAGGUCAUCCUUCGAUUUCAUCGACGGGUAUGACAAGCCAGUGGAGGGCCGGAAGAUCAACUGGAUGAAGGCUGGAAUCCUGGAAUCCGACAGGGUCCUCACCGUCAGUCCGUACUACGCCGAGGAGCUCAUCUCCGGCAUUGCCAGGGGCUGCGAGCUCGACAACAUCAUGCGCCUGACCGGCAUCACCGGCAUCGUCAACGGCAUGGACGUCAGCGAGUGGGAUCCUAGCAAGGACAAGUACAUCACCGUCAAGUACGACGCAACCACGGCCAUCGAGGCGAAGGCGCUGAACAAGGAGGCGUUGCAGGCGGAGGUGGGGCUUCCGGUCGACCGGAAAAUCCCCCUGAUCGCGUUCAUCGGCAGGCUGGAGGAGCAGAAGGGCCCCGACGUCAUGGCCGCCGCCAUCCCGGAGCUCAUGAAGGAGAACGUCCAGAUCGUUCUUCUGGGUACCGGCAAGAAGAAGUUCGAGAAGUUGCUCAAGAGCGCGGAGGAGAAGUACCCGAGCAAGGUGAGAGCCGUGGUGAAGUUCAACGCGCCGCUGGCUCACCACAUCAUGGCCGGAGCCGACAUACUCGCCGUCACCAGCCGCUUCGAGCCCUGCGGCCUCAUCCAGCUCCAGGGGAUGAGAUACGGAACGCCGUGUGCUUGCGCCUCCACCGGCGGGCUCGUCGACACGGUCAUCGAAGGCAAGACCGGAUUCCACAUGGGCCGUCUCAGCGUCGACUGCAAGGUGGUGGAGCCAAGUGACGUUCAGAAGGUGGCGACCACCCUGAAGCGCGCCAUCAACGUCGUCGGCACGCCGGCGUACGACGAGAUGGUCAGGAACUGCAUGAACCAGGACCUCUCCUGGAAGGGGCCUGCAAGGAACUGGGAGAACGUGCUCCUGGGCCUGGGCGUCGCCGGGAGCCAGCCGGGGGUCGAAGGCGAGGAGAUCGCGCCGCUCGCCAAGGAGAACGUGGCUGCUCCUUGAAGAAGAACAAACCUGCAGCAUAUGCAGCACAAGUACAUGGAUGGAUCGAUGAAAACGACGACGAGCCAGUCGUUUGUUGUAGUGAAAAUGAUAGCUACAUAAUAUAUAUGUAUAGCCAUUAUAGGCUAAUAAGCUUGAUGCUGUACUCCUGUGGGUGCGCAUAAGUAUAUAUUGGACCCUGAAUUUGUGUGUGGGCAUGUAACCAAUAAUAAUUAAGUAAUAAUAAAGGGUUUAUUAUUAUACA